AUGGAGCAGGAUGGGGAACGGGAUGGGGAACGGCUGCUCGCCCGACCGGCGCUGGAGACCGAAGGGCUGCGCUUCCUGCACGUCACCGUGGGCGCCCUGCUGGCCAGUUAUGGCUGGUACAUCGUCGUCAGCGUCAUCGUCCUCGUCGUGGCGGUGCAGAAACUCUCCACUCGGCUGCGAGUCUUGCGGCAGAGGCAGCGGAGUAUCAGUGCGGCCCCCGUGGAACCUGAUACUGUUGUUAAGCAACAAGAAGCUUUAGCAGCUGCUCGUAUGAAAAUGCAAGAAGAAUUAAAUGUGCAAGCUGAAAAGCAUAAGGAAAAGCUAAGACAGCUUGAAGAAGAAAAGAGAAGACAGAAGAUUGAAAUGUGGGACAGCAUGCAAGAAGGAAAAAGCUACAAAGGAAAUACCAAAAAGCCUCAGGAAGAGAAUAACUCUGGGCCUUCUACAUCAUCACUUCCCCCGAAACAUAAACCUGACAGAAAGCCAUUGCGUGGAGGUGGUUACAACCCUCUGUCUGGGGAAGGAAGCGGCACGGCUCCUGGAGGCCUGGACGCAGAGGCCCAUCAACUGGUGGAUGAGGCUAAGAGCCUUGUUAAUGUCAUAGGACAUUAA